UUUAUGCAAAUGACCCCGGUCCCUCUUUGACGGGCUCCACAUUCCUACGCAGCAUGGAGGCGUACAUGGCCUUUUUGGUUGAUUUUCGUUCCAAAUUGCAGUUGUAGUCUCGAAGAACCACUGCAAACAAAGGGAGGGUUUUGGCGAGGGAUUUGCGGAAAGCUUAUCAAUGGCUGCUACUGGUGGGAGCAGUUCUUCAAAUCCAUCCUCUGCUCCGAAAAUACUCUUGGCGAAACCUGGUUUGAACCGUGGCGGCGGAGCCGGUGGAAGCGAAGACGAAUCUGUCACUCUUCGGUCUCGGCUACCACCUCUUGCAUCUCUUAAUCUCCUCUCUGAUUCUUGGGAAUUUCACACGGAUCGGAUUCUUCAGUUCCUGACUGAGAACACUGAUUUCACUGUUAUUGGAGUAAUUGGACCUCCUGGGGCUGGCAAGUCGACCAUCUUGAAUGAGCUUUAUGGGUUCGAUGCUUCCUCACCUGGGAUGUUGCCUCCUUUUGCAACGCAGACGGAGGAAACUAGAGCAAUGGCAAGGCACUGCACUGUGGGUAUGGAACUCAGGGUUUCUGCUGAGCGGCUUAUACUUCUUGAUACCCAGGUAUUCUAUUUAUAUCUCCCUGUCUGCUCCCCCUUUUAGUUUUGAGUUUUUGUA